AUGUCAGAUAUCCUAGCCGGAUCACCGGCGAAGCUGGAGCGAGUUGAACGACACCUGAUCCGCCAGAGGGGAGCUGGCGUUCGAAAUCUGGCCACGAGCUUUGGCUUUUCCCUUGCGCUUUCAGUGGCUCCGGUGACAGCGAUUGAUCUCGACGCGCCGCCUGCGAAGCGUAGGAAGUCUACCGCUGAAGAGAAAGCUCCCGAUGGUCCAUCGGGUCAACCAGAAGGGAAUGUCGUUGUAGUCAAGCCGAAGAAAUUUCGCCGCAUGGAGAAUGUGGUGGAGGAUGAGGCAGGAGAUUUGAGCGAACACAAGCAGGAGAGCUUCUCCACUACUGUGAAGAAAAGAGGUCGUCCUAAGAAGACACAUGUACAUGUUGAAGUGGACGAGGUGCCGGUCAUCACAGCUGUGCCAGCGAAAAGACCCAGGAAAAACGCGGCUACUAAUGCGCUAGCCAAGGUGGCAGAAGGAUUCGCUGAGGAGGCACAACCGAUCGACAAGAAACGAAGAGAUCCACAGCCAGAGAAGGCCGCCAGGAAAAGUCGUAAGAAGACAGCGUCUGCGGAGGAUGUGAAUGAUGCUCCAGCAGAUUCGACUAUCGAGUGCGGACGUCACGUUUCGGACGAGGCCGUCACACCACUCGGUCGGCAAGAAGUCCAGCAUGUCGAGAUCAUGAAAGCGAAGCCAGCGGCCCGUUCCACGAAGGGCAAGCGCAAGCCCGUGGCAGUCCCCAUUAAACGGGUACCUCUGGGCGAGACACACGCAAAUAUUCCAUCGAAGUCGCCUGAAAAGCAAACAAAAGUGGCAAACGAGGACGCGGCUGAAAGCCGUUCGCCUUCAGGCCCAAAAAGGAUAGUCAAAGCCAAGUCGAAACCCACAACGACGGAAAGCAGCUCUCAAAAGCUUCUGGCCGUUGAGGGCGAUGGCGUAGCUAUAGCACCGAUCGCUACCAACAGUGAACUCGAGAGUCGCCGCCAGAAUGGAGGAUCCUCGAAUGAUUGGGGCCAAUGUGACCAUGCGGGCACCUCUGACCAGAGUCUUGCCAAGGCAAAGGCAAAGCCACGACCCCAAGCAGCGGCGUCAAGAUCGCGGAAGGCCGUUGACGCAGAAGUCCAUCUCCUCUUCCACAAUCGCGAAUCCGACGCGGAGAACAACGAAGAAAGCCGACCGCCUCCUCUUGCUGUGGAGAACGGGAAUGCCAUGGCUUCGACUGCCGCCGCUAAACAUGGGAUGCAACUUGUUCCAAGGCGCGGCAGCGCCAAUGCCCAGCUCAAGGGACGUCAAAAGCUUGGGCUGAAGGCAUCGCCUCAAGAAGCAAAUGGCGGUACUGAACUGGCGGAAAGGCGUUCGGUUGCCCCUGAACAGAAAGUGCCGCCACCGUCAAAGCGUGCGGCCACCAUCAGACCCGUUGCGAAGACAACCGAAAUGGGGACAGCACCACAAGAGGAGGAAGACCUAGAUUGGCUUUUCGAGACCACUGUGAAACGAAAGAGGCCUACUCGCCAGACCAAACAGAAACCACCCGCGAAGACUGCACGGCGUGCACAAUCGCCAGAAGUGGAUCUCGAUGAGAUGCUAUCUAAUAUCGCAUCCUGGGCACCGAAACGCAGGUGA